AUGCCCAAAGCACUUCAAAAGCGCGGAAGACGCAUGAAGCGGAAGCAUGAGGACGACCCAGAGGAUCCUGUCGAAGAAGGCAGCUCCAAGAGGCAAAAGUCUGCCGGGCCCGAAGACAGACAGCAAAAAGACUUUGUUUCACUAGACGUCCACGACGAGGACAUGUCGGCCGCCUAUCCUCCCAUGGAGCGAGCAUUCUUUGGGAUGCUCGACGAGGAGGAACAGGAGUACUUCAAGUCGGCCGACGCCCAACUCGAACGAAACGAAUUCGAGACAUCGGAGGAUCGAGCCAACUGGCUUGAAAGUGUCUGGAGGGAAGCUGAUGGCAAAGAAUUGAAGAUUGCCCAAAGUCAGUCUUGCUCACGUUUGAUGGAACGCCUCAUCAGUAUUUCGACUGGACCUCAACUCAAGAACUUGUUUCAGAAGUUCAGUGGCAACUUUAUCCAUCUAAUGUCACAUCGCUUUGCUUCCCACUGCUGCGAGACACUCUUCACUCACGCUGCUCCGCACGUUAGUGACGAGCUUCGUGCAGGCACUCUCAAGGCCCAGAAGGAUGGACAGGAUGUCAACGAUGUCUACGUGUCGAUGGAGAACUUGUUCUUGCACACACUGGCUGAACUCGAGGGCAACGUUGGUUUCCUCUUGACCGAUCGAUAUGCAUCACAUGCACUGCGCAUACUUCUACUAGUGCUGGCCGGGAAGCAAACCUCAACCGAGUCACUCAAAGGACUUUUGCAGAGCAAACGGAAGGAAGGCGUCACUGUAUCAGGUGGUCCGAAGCCCAACAUCAGGCCGGAAGUGAAAGAUCGACCAGUUCCGAAGUCAUUCUCGAUCGCGCUGGAGAAGCUCAUCAGCGACAGCAUGGCUGGUCUCGAUACUGAUAAACUGCGAGCUUUGGCAACCCACACGAACGCAAACCCAACACUACAGCUACUGCUAAGUCUUGAGCUUACGCAGUUCGGGAAGUCAAGAGCGAAGGACGAGAGAUCGAUCAUCAAGACUUUGCUACCAGAUGAACCGUUUACCGCGGACUGUGGAAGUGCUGCUUUCCUCAGCGGCAUGGUGUACGACCCGGUGGGCUCACAUCUUGUGGAGAAGAUCAUCGAGUGUGCUCCAGCCAAAGUCUUCAAGGCGCUGUACAACAGCAUGUUCAAGGAGCGGCUAGCAUCGUAUGCCCGCAAUGAGAUGGGUACUUAUGUCGAUUGCCGUAUCAUCGAAAGGCUAGGAUACGAUGACUUGAUGGAGGCACAUGAAGUGCUUUGCCCCGUCAUACCGAGCCUGCUGGAAAAGAAUUGGACGAGCCUCACCCGAACACUCAUCGAACGAUGCACUAUCCGCGACAUCGACACACAGGCCAUCGCUGCGCAGAUCGAUCAGACAUAUCAAGGCGAGAAGGGCUUCGACGUGACGAGGCUGCUGAAGCUGAACGCGCGGCAGGACACCGACUCGAAUCAGCCGCCGCGGGUCAAUGGUAACGCAAGCACUAGUAACGCCGACUCUGCCUCGUACCUGGCUAGGCCCACAGACCCGACCAAGGUGCACUUCAACAUCCUCGCGCAGGCCAUGCUUAUUGUGCCCGGUUCGCUAAGCUCUCUGGUCCUCGACUCCCUCAUCGAUCUCGAACCAUCUCUGCUGCUCACCAUGGCCAACGACCACAUCGUAACCCGCACCCUUCAACAAGCUUUGACUACGAAGAACUCAUCGAUGAUCGCGCGUCGGAAGCUGAUUCAACAGUUCUAUGGAAGCAUGGGCGACAUGGCACUUGACAAGGCGGCUUCGCAUGUUGUUGACUGUAUAUGGGAAGGCACACAUGGCCUGGCGUUCAUUCGAGAACGAAUUGCAGAAGAGCUGGCAGAGAACGAGGCCCAAUUACGAGAUUCACCUUAUGGAAGAGCUGUGUGGAAGAACUGGAAGAUGGACAUGUACAAACGAAGGAGGUCGGAGUGGGUCAGACAGAGCAAGAUCAAGGCCAGCAAUGACGGGUUUCAGGACUUUGAUGAGCUGGACAAGACCAAGGACAACGGCUCAAAAGAGAAGAAGACGCCGUUGCAGCUGGCUCGCGAGCGGCACGCCCAGAAUAAGGCGAAAAAGGACCCAGGAGGACCGGGGACAGGCAGCAGGUCGAGCAACAGAAGUGCUGCUGGAGCAUCACGACCUGCUGUGGCCACGGCAUCUGGUUGA